GACUGCGGGCGGCGGCAUCAUGGCGCACGUCUUCCGUGCCCUCUGGGCCCAACCUUUCCGAGAGGUGCCUCCGCGGAUUUUGCGGGGCGGAUGGGUCUGCGGUGACCUUGGAGCGAGGGCCGAACACGGGGACGCAGGGUUUUUUACAAAACAUGAUCCAUUACUCACCAAGAGCGAAUGGCAAAAGAAGCUGACUCCAGAGCAAUUCUAUGUCACCAGAGAAAAAGGAACUGAACCACCAUUCAGUGGGGUCUACCUGAAUAACACGGAAUCGGGAAUGUAUCACUGUGUGUGCUGUGACAGCCCACUCUUCAGUUCUGAGAAAAAGUACUGCUCCGGCACGGGGUGGCCUUCGUUUUCCGAGGCCCAUGGUGCGUCUGGCUCUGAUGAAAGCAACACCAGCAUCCUGAGACGCGUGGAUACCUCGCUGGGAUCGGUUCGCACAGAGGUCGUCUGCAAGAAGUGUGCAGCUCACCUCGGCCAUGUGUUUCCUGACGGACCCGGGCCUGCUGGUCAGAGGUUUUGCAUCAACAGCGUGGCAUUGAAGUUCAAGCCGGGGAGACGCUGACUUUCUCCCAAGUCCUCGUCCCUUGCCACUCCCUCAUUGGUACCCUCAGUUUUCAUAACUCAUGUAAAUGGCUUACUUUAUUUACUGCCAAACUAGGCUAAUUUUGCUGCUGAUACUCCAAGUCACAGCUUUGAUUUGUUUACCUGAAAUUAACUCAACUCUGACUCCAGCUUUGUCUGUGGAAUUUCACAGAAUGACAGAGGGACAGUCAUUUCCAUCAGAUUGACUUCUGUAGGCUCUGUCUGGGACCUGAGGACGUCGCUCUGUGGGGACAUUAAGAAGCUGAUGGACCAUAAGCCAAAAAAUUCCUGCAAACUACCCUAAACUUUCCAUUGCAGUUAAGUCCUCCAUGGACACAUGUAGGUGAAAAAAGGAAGGAAAAUAACGGGAUUAGUCAGCAGCCCAGUCUUGAAAGAAGCACCACGGGGAAGAACGUAGAGGGGCACACAUGGCGAUGGAUGAGGUGCAGAAUUCUUUUUCAAAAUUUUAGAAGAACUUGAACAUUCUAGUUCCAACCUUCCUACCUGCAUAAGUUCCAAUGGAAGUUUCUUAGAUUUCAGUGAGAAUGAAUAAAAGCGGCUACAGAGUUAGACUUUAUUCAAAUAAAAUAUUUACUAAAAUUUA